UUCGUCUUGUUCACUUGAUUGUCACUGAGAAAAGGGAAAGCAAAUGGAUCAGGCGGUAGAAAUGGAGAGCGAAAGGACUGGGAGGGUGAGCGAAAAUGUUGAACAGACACUGCGUGGCAGCACAGCACAAUAAGGGGAUAUCACUUCAAUUACCGGACUUCCCUGAAGAAUAAAGUCAAGGCUGAGGAGUCGAACUAACUGUCUGGGGGAUUUUCAUUUCGCUCUGGUUUGGUCUUUCCUCGUAAUCACUGCUCACACACACACAACGUUUGUGUUGGGCAUUAUCUGCAGAGAGAAGUCUGUGGCUAACAGCCCAGUCUCACAGGAUAAAAGGUAGCUCAGUAUGAGUCGAGAUGGGUGGAUGAGGAAGAAAGCCAAUGCCGGUGGAGACAAUGGUUGGGCUGAAAGGGGUGGCUACAUGGCUGCCAAAGUCUCUAAGCUGGACGAGCAGUUUAAACUUGAUGCCCCCAGAGAAAAACAGAAGGAAGGCUCAUGCUCCAGCAUUUUCAAUGGAGUCUCCAUCUAUGUCAAUGGAUACACAGAGCCAAGUGCUGAUGAGCUACGUAGGCUGAUGAUGCUGCAUGGGGGCCAGUUCCAUGUCUACUAUUCUCGCUCAAAGACCACCCACAUCAUCGCUAAUAAUUUACCCAACAGCAAAAUUCAGGAGCUCAAAGGGGAAAAAGUCAUCAGACCAGAGUGGAUCAUUGACAGUGUCAAGGCUGGGCAUCUCCUGCCUUACCUACAGUACCAGCUGUACGCUAAGCACAAAGGCCCACUCUUCCCUGGUAUGACUCUGCGGCAGACCUCAGAGAUCGCAGGACCCAGCCAUGGGCAUCCUCAGCCAAGUGUUCGUGAAAAGGUUCAUGUGCCACAGCGCAGCAUUCAGAACUCUGUUCUCAACCAUGAACAGUCUUUGUCCAGCCGCAAGAAUAACUCCAUCCCUCACCCCAACCACAGUCCACUUCACCAAGGCAACAUUCAACCUCAGUCCAUCCAGCAAGGCCCUGCAGCUUGCAUCAUUAACCCCCAACCAAGUUACUUGGGAUCCACUCACCUCCACACAGAUGGAAGUCCUUUGCACACGUACCCGCUAUCUAACUGCAGUCCUGACAAGCACCCACACAAACCUCCACAAUCUACUCUUCAAACACCUCAUCCUUAUCUCCAUAGAGCAUCACAACCUCAGAUCAACGCUUCCUGCAACAGUGCCCAGAGUGGCUGCAAAGAAGCAGAAUCAAAAAUAAACGGAUUAUUGCAGACCUCGUUGGAUGUAUUGAGCCAUUCAAAAAUGAAAGAAAUGCAAGAGUGUGACAAAGAAGAUCCUGUCCCACAGGUGGUGAAUGAAGCACCCCUGACCAAUGGACACACUCACCUUAUUAAUGGUGCCUUAAAGCCAGAGGACCUGUCCCCUGUUACAGAUGACCCCUCUGUUAACAAGGAACUUCCUGAAUGCAGAGUUAAGAGUUCAGAUGACAAACCUCCAGUACCCUUUCAGACCAAACCUGACCCAUAUGAGUUUCCCCACAGUCCUCCAAAGCAGUCUCCUGUCGUUCUGUAUCAAUCCAGCUUGCAAGGAGCCAAUGAGGAGAGACCUAAACGUCCACCUCCAACCUAUCAGGAGGCCAUAAAAGCCACUGAAAACCACCGACUCCUAAAGCAGCUCCAUCCAUCGUCUCAAGUUGAGUCAACUCACGAAAAGACCUCUUUUUCAUCUGCAUCUCACUCUCCUUCACAUUCUUCAAUUCGACUGAACGGAACUCACCACAAUGCCUUUUCAUCUGACUCGGCCUCACUAAACACAACCAGUGUGACGACCAAACCUGGUCCUCACGCUGAAAAAUCAUCUUCGUCAACCAAGGUUACAACGCAGCUGCUGGCGCAGACAGGCGGUCUGAUCUCUGAGUUCUACUCUCACUCACGGUUACACCAGAUCUCCACUUGGAGGUUGGGCUUUUCAGAGUAUGUCAAUGAACUGCAUAGUAAACGAAAAACAGCGGGGACCCCCUCCUUUUCUGGAAAAGACAGACUGAGGAAAUCUGUGGCCCAAAAUUCUGCAGACAGUCAAGGUACCUCUGCACCUGCGAGUGUAAAAUCUUGCAUUCUUCACGUGGACAUGGACUGUUUUUUUGUCUCUGUGGGGAUCCGAAAUCGACCAGAGCUCAAAGGGAAGCCUGUAGCGGUGACCAGUAAUCGUGGAGAGGGCAGAGUGCCCCGGAGGGCUGGGGCUAACCCUCAGCUGGAGCAGCAGUACUACCAGAUGAAAUACACUCAUCGUCAGCCUGAAACAGCAGAUGAUGAUCUAUACAAAACUCCUUCACAAGGGAGUCCUGACUCCCAUUCCAACGGAGUGGACCAGGAUACGUCUGCUCUCUCAAUGGCAGAGAUUGCAUCCUGCAGUUAUGAGGCCAGGCAGGCAGGUGUGAGGAAUGGGAUGUUUUUUGGCAAAGCAAAACAGCUGUGUCCCUCACUACAGUCUGUCCCAUACGAUUUUGAGGCCUACAAAGAGGUGGCUCUCACCAUGUAUGAUACUCUGGCAGGUUACACCCAUGACAUCGAGGCUCUGAGCUGUGAUGAAGUGCUGAUAGACGGAUCUGCUCUGCUAGCUGAGUUGAGUAUCAGCCCAGAAGAUCUGGCCAAAGCGAUCAGAGCAGACAUCAAGGAGAAAACGAGAUGUUGUGCUUCGGUGGGCAUGGGGUCCAACAUCCUUCUGGCUCGGCUGGCAACCCGCAAGGCCAAGCCAGAUGGGCAGUACUUGUUAAAGUCUGAAGAAGUGGAUGAUUUUAUCAGAGACCUGCCAGUGACCAGCCUGCCAGGUGUUGGUCCUGUUAUGGGCAGAAAGUUGGCUGCUAUGGGUGUGAGGUCAUGUGGGGACCUCCAACAGGUGUCUCUGUCUCAGCUGCAAAAGAAGUUCGGACCCCGAACCGGUCAAACUCUGUUCCGCUUCUGCAGGGGGCUAGAUGACCGGCCUGUCCGCUAUGAGAAGGAAAGGAAGUCUGUCUCCGCUGACAUUAACUACAACAUUCGCUUUACCACGGUUGAUGAGGCAGAGUGUUUCCUGACUAACUUGUCUAUGGAGGUGCAGAAGCGUUUACAAGAAGCAGGACUGCGGGGUCGUAGAGUUACCCUUAAGGUCAUGGUUCGUAAGGUUGGCGCUCCACUUGAACCGGCUAAAUAUGGUGGUCAUGGCAUAUGUGACAACCUAGCCAGGACUGUGAUGCUCGCUCAGUCCACUGACAGUGGUCAGCUGAUUGCCGCUGCUGUCAUCAAGUUGUUCCAUGCCAUGAAGCUGCCGGUUCAGGACCUUCGAGGGCUCGGCAUCCAGGUUCAGCUUCUCGAUGGUAAUGUGCAGCAGGACUCCACAGGCUUGCGGACGCGCUCCAUCAAGGAGAUGUUGCUGCAGAGGGGAUUAAGUGCAACAGGAUCAAGCAACAGAGAUGCUGAUGACAACAGUGCACAUCGGGAAAAGAGUUCUUCAAGCACCCCAUCAUCUGGCCCCUCUCCACAUCCUCUGUCCUCUCCUGAACCAGUCCCCGGGACAAGCAGAGACCAGCAGGCAUGCAGACAGCAAACUCCAAAACGUUCUCGAGCUCGUCUCAACCUCAGCAUUGAGGUUCCCUCCCCUUCUCAGGUGGAUCGAUCUGUACUGGAGGCUUUGCCCGCAGAGCUGAGAGAACAAAUUGAACAGUCUUGGUCUAAUCGAGAUGGGAGACCAAGUAGCCAUCGGUCGCCCAGUCCACAGGCCUCCGCUCCUUUUCAACAGCCUCCUCCUCUGAAGCCUCGUCCAUCCUCCCCUCCUCGUCCUCCUGCCUCUGCUCCUGCACUGUACACUCCAUCCGCUGGCACGUUGGUUCUGCAGAUUCCAAACCAGCCUGACAGUCUGGGCAUUGUAUUGGAGCUUCCAAAUUUCUCACAGGUUGACCCGGAUGUGUUUGCUGCCCUUCCCAAAGAACUCCAGGAAGAACUCAAGUCUGCCUACAACCGUGUUACAAAUGUCCAACCCCAAGCAAAAAUAUGUAAGUCAUCAGCAGUGGAGCAGAAGAAUCCACUUCUGCAGCUCAAACAGUCCAGCGUAGGAAUUGGCAUUGGUCGGGUGAAGCGCCGCUACAAGCGAAAAAAUGCAGUGAGCCCUGUUAAAAAAGGUCCUUCCCCUGUGAAGAGACGUCACAUGACGAACAGCCCCGCCAAAACCCUACCACCUCCUAUGAAGUCACGAGAACCAAUCAGGAUAGUGAAGACUGAAAACGGUCCCUCCACAUCGACCUCAAACCCAGACAUCCCAGAGACUCUGUCCAAAUUCAUUCCUCGCCCUGCUCCAACGCUGGCCGGAGCCUGUGACCUGACGGACAUUAAAACACUCCUACGUGAAUGGGUUACCACCAUAACAGAACCCAUGGAGGAGGAUAUCCUGCAGGUGGUAAAAUACUGCACUGAUCUGAUUGAUGAUAAAGAUCUGGAGAAGUUGGAUUUGAUUAUAAAAUAUAUGAAAAGGCUAAUGCAGCAGUCGGUGGAGUCUGUUUGGAGUAUGGCUUUUGACUUCAUCCUAGACAACGUGCAGGUGGUUGUGCAGCAGGCCUAUGGUAGCACCCUGAAGGUAGCUUGAAGAUGGAGGGGUACUGUUUUCACUGUGUGUUACACCACCACUUUUUAUUCUGCUACAUUCACAAAAUCAUGACAUCUAAGUGAUGUUUUCCCUCCUUCUAAACUGUGAAAGCACUGCAGCAUCUGCCGGAAUAUUCUCAAUGACUUCUCAUACACCUCACACUACAUGCCGGAAUAUUCUCAAUGACUUCUCAUACACCUCACACUACAUCAUUUUCUGUAGAUCUGUAAGUGUGGAAAAUAAGUAACACUGACUGAAAGGCAGAAAACCUACUUAAAUUCCACUCACCAAAUACAGAAUGGUGAUAAUCGUAGCAGCUUUUUGCAAAUUCAUCAUUUUUCUUAAGGAGUUCUUUUCUAAAUAAUGCUAAGACUUGUCUUCAAAUGUAUGUGAAAUUUUAUAUAAAGAUUUGCAGGCAGGGCUUAAUUAUUUCUUAUAAACUGAGUCUAAGCCAGGCCUUAAAGUACUCCUCCUGGUGAGCGUUUUGCCUCUCAUAAAGCAGUAAAGCAGUAAAUAAUGUUAGACAGGCACAUUUUCAGGUUUAUUUUUGAUUUAGUUAUGCAGUUAAGGUUUAAAACAAAGUCUAGGUUUAAAAUAAAGACAGUGGUAAACACAGUCAUUAUGUUACAACUGACUAUGAGUUGUGAUAAUCCCAGAAAUGGUAGGAAUAGAAUAUCUUAUUUUUCAUCAGUGUUUCUUCGGUGCUCCAUCCUACAUAUGCUGACCUGUGAAAUAUACCACUUCUGUGUCACAAAAAACUAAAACAAAAUAUUGUCUGCUGCAUACAGUAGUAGCUCUUUUCUUGCAAAAAAAGUGCCAAACCCUGUUAUUAUAGCGUGUAAAUAAUGUUUUUAAAGACACUUGUUUUAAAAAGAAAAGAUGUAUGUGGAGGGCUUUGCCUCUUGUAUUGUUUACAUGUAGUGACUUCUUAGUAACGGUCUUUAAAUUGUAAAUCUUCUCACUCUUUAAUUGUUGGUAAGUGUUCAAACGUGGAAAUCAGAAGCUGGCCAAAGCAAUUCAUAUGAGGCUACCUGUUGAAUCUGAGUAGCAGUUUGACAUGAAAUGACUUUGAAAGAGGCUAUGUUAAUCCGGAAGUAACGUAUGCAUAUCUUUUUUUCACUAACAAGUGAGAUGUCCCUUCAAGAUAAUGUCACGUUUCCAUUCCCCCUUUUGGUUUUCUAGCCCAUCUAUGAUAGCUGAUGGAUACAGAGAUUGCGUUUUGGCCAGUGCAUAGCACCUCUUUUGAUCUCCACUGAGACUUUUCAGCUGCAGGCAACCAAAGCCCACUCAAAAAUUAUUACUUGGACUGCAAAUGGAAACCAUAACAGAUUCUGCAUUCAUGUGCAUAUAUCUUUUCAUAGAGAUUACCUGACUUUUAAGUGAAAACCAUCACAUGUACCGGUGUAAAUACAUUGGAGACAUUCGUAUGCCUUGUGGCUGCGUUGUAUUUCUGUGAGGUUAACUUUUAUGAUUGGUGAUUAGAAGUACUCAGCAGAAGCAGCUGGCUGGCUUGUGAUCUCGCCAUUCAAGACAUUAUGUGUGUGGUUGAAAAGUUUAAAACAGUAUUUCUAUAUGCAAACCAAAUCAAUCUGUCCUUUUUUAACUUGUUGAAAUGAAUGUAAUUGAGAAUGUGCAAGUCUUCACUCACUUUCAAGAUGUUUGCUUCUCUUCACCUGUCAUAUUUUGCCAGAAGUUCAAAUUGGCCAGUUUUGACUUCUCUAAACUGGCUUGUGCCUGAAGACCUGAAGCUGUGAACUUGUUUGUAAGUUUUCUAAAUCUUGGUAAUAAACUUUAAACUCUG